AUGUCCAAACUGAAAAUCUACAAUUCUCGAUUCACGAAUCAUAUUCACUCUCUCAGCUACCUAUUCGCCAGCUUCACUAUACAUAGCAGUAGCUUUUUAUCCUUUUCUACAUUACUGUCCAUCAGUAACUCACUCAUGUCCAUCCAAUUGCGAGACGGCUUAGCCAACCAGCUGGUUGAUCUUGUGCUUGAAGACCUAUUGGUGAGGUUUCUAGUCAAUUGUCCCGAGGAAGAUCUUUCGCUGAUCGAAAGAGUGUUUUUCCAAGUUGAAGAAGCGCAAUGGUUCUAUACCGACUUUGUCCGAGUGCUAAACCCGGCACUUCCUAACAUGAAGAUGAAGCUGUUCUGCUCCAAAUUUUUGGAGAAGUGCCCUCUAUUCUGGAAAUGGGGAGACCCCAACGAUGCGCUAUCCCGAUUCGGCAAGUAUAAACUGACGAUUCCCGUUCGUGGAGUCGCUCUUUUCAAUAGAGACUUGACGAAAGUGCUAUUGGUGAAGGGGACAGAGUCUAACUCGUGGUCGUUUCCCCGAGGAAAAAUUUCCAAAGACGAAUCUGACAUCAACUGUGCCAUUCGAGAGGUCGAAGAAGAGACUGGCUUCAACGCCAAAGACCUAAUCAAUGAAAGCGACGUUAUUGAGAGAACCUUCAAAGGCAAGAAUUAUAAAAUUUACUUGGUGAGAGACGUGCCUGAAGAUUACAACUUUCUGCCUGUAGCUCGUGGGGAAAUCGCUAUGAUUGAAUGGCAUGACAUUAAAACUUUGCAAAAGAAGAUUAGAGCUUCUCCCAACAACUACUUCAUCGUCGAGACUGUUAUAAAACCAAUGAUUCAAUGGAUAAAUAAGAAGAAGGGUGGGUUAAACGAGGCAGAGUUGAUGCUAAAGGCAGAAAUCCAGUUGAAGGCUUUAUUGGGUGUAGGAAAGCGCGAAGAAAACGUAGAUGCUGGAAGAGAAUUGUUGAACAUUCUCCAGAAAGUCAGCCCCAGCCACUCAGCCAGCGACUCCAAUGUAGUACCUCUCUCAUCUACUGUGCCUGGUGCACCUCAACAACAGAACUAUAUCCAAUUCGCCUUACCGCAACACUUACAGAACCAAAUCCCGUUCUUCUCUUCAUCUUCAACCCACCAUCCACAGCCUAUGUUGCCAUUCUUCAAUCCCUUCGGCUUCUAUCCUGGCGGAUCUCCUUUACCUCCUCAUGCCAUAACUCCUGUUCCAAUGCCUGUCCCACCUCAUCAGAUUCCUUUCCUGAAUGUCUCCCCUCAAAAACAGAGACAUCCAUAUGAAAUACACCAGCCAACAUCAGAGUCUCUUCAGAAACCCACAGGUAAAAACUCCAAGGAAUUCUUAUCGAUUUUGAAUACAAAGUCACUGAAAAUAACAGAUGAGGCUACAUCAAAAGAUUAUGUUAGAUCUACGGAAGCAGAGAAUAACCGUACAAAAGCUCAAGACUUGCUUAACUUAGUAGGAAAGCAGAGAAAGGAGUCUGUUACAUCUGAGUCAAGAUCAAUUUUGGACCUUGUCAAUAGGAAACAAGUAAGUUCAUCUCCAUCUCCAGAACAAGACCCGGGCAAGACUUUAUUGAACAUUCUCAACGAGAAGAAACAUCCUGAGAUUGUGCCUACUAGAGAUUCGAGAUUUUUGGGUAUAAAUUCACCUAUAGCAUCCAACGAUCUAGAAGAAUCGGUUAUUCACGGUGCUGGUCUUGGAUUACCGGCUCCAGAACCUGGCAAAAUAACUUUGCUAAAAAGACCAGACGAUGCAACAGAGGGUAGAAGAAAAAAGUCGGCUGAUUUACUUAGUUUGUUGGGUAAAAAACCUAUCGUCCAACCAAGACAGGAAGUUAAGUCAUCGUCCAACGAGAUACUUGAUCUCUUGAAGGGCCCAAAGAAACCGCUUUCAGAAACUACAAGAUCUCCCAAUUCUUCUUCUAAAGAGUUGCUUGAAUUACUUAAACCAAAGAAGGAACCAAUAGCGGUCGACCAUACUUCUUCAAAUGAAUUAUUAGACUUGCUCAUCAAAAACAAGCCAAGCAGUGAAUCUGAGAAGAAACCAAAUAACCCAUUAUUGGAUAUGCUCCAUAGUAAGGCACCACGUCAAGUAUCACAACCAAAUGCCGAACAUAAUCAUACUUCAGCCAAUGAACUUUUGGGUUUGUUGAACAAAAAACCAUCCAUUCCAUUAAAUGAUGCUGACUCUAACUUCAUUAGGGAAGAAAAGAUUGAAGAGACUCAAUUCGACAACUUUGAAGAUUUUGAAGACUUUGAAGACUUUGGAGUCAUUGAUAACCAGCUAUUGGGCAAGACCUCCUUCCGCAACUUCGACAUCGCAAGCGAUGAAGAAGAUGUAGACCAUUUGAUAGAUGAUCUCGGAGAUCCAUAUUCCGCUCCAAAUACAGCAGUAGAAUCGUUUUCCAAUCCACCAGAUUUCUUCCUGGAUCCGCAGCCUUCUCUAGAACCAAAGAAGGGAAAGAUCAGGCUUUUGAAGCCAGGAGAAGUAUUGAAUGAUAUCUUUUCUACUAAUCGUCCCAAUGUUUCAUCGCCUCCUGUGCAUGCUUCUAAUGCUAAUGGACAGAAUCUUCUUGCAUUGUUGAAUGGAAAAAAUCCCUCCAAUUCAAAUGGUGCUAUUCCUGUAAGCGACAGCUUUCAAUCUAUUUACGGGAAUGCCAACCCAACGGCGGGUCUUGAUUCUAAUACUCCUUCUUCUUUGACAAAUGCUCUUAGUGGUCAGAAUAGCCCCAAUAAGAAUUCGGCUAAUUUCCUUAAAGACAUUCUUUGGAAACGCGAGCCAUAGUUAGCACAGCAUAAAUUAGCAUAGCGUCUACGAUAGUACCGGUGAAGUAGCACUACAAUAGUACGAAUUGCUAUUUAUAGCAAAUUUAGCAUAGUGUCUAAGAUAACAAAACAUAUAAAUGAUUUAGUCC